UCCCCCUCCUUCACGGACUGUAAAUAGACAUCAAUACACCAUGUCGCAGAAUAAGGAAACGCCCCGCAUUCGAGCAUGUCUCUUCGACAUGGACGGUCUAUUGAUCGACUCCGAGGACCGAUACACUCAGAUCACCAACGAAGUGCUGCAGAUGUAUGGCAAGCCCAAUCUACCCUGGUCAGUCAAGGCCCAGCUACAGGGCCGACCCCAACCCGAGGCUAGCAAGAUUUUCCAUGACUGGGCACAACUCCCCAUCACACCGGAGGAGACCUUCGCCAAGCAGGCGGGCUUGCAAGCUAAGUACUUCCCUCAGUGUCAGCCACUGCCAGGAGUCCCAGCUCUCCUUUCCAACCUGGUGUCCACCCAAUCCACCGACGACCCGGUGUACAUCGCUCUAGCCACCUCGUCCAACAGCCGAAACUUCAAGCUCAAGUCCGACCAUUUGUCCGACCUGUUCUCCGCUUUCCCGCAAGUGCACCGUGUCCUCGGAGAUGACCCUCGUAUCGGCAAAGGACGCGGCAAGCCAUUGCCUGAUAUUUAUCUGCUCGCUUUGGAGACUAUCAACGCCGAUCUGCGCAGCAAGGGCAAGACCGAAAUCACGCCCGCGGAGUGUCUCGUCUUUGAGGAUGCCGUUCCCGGUGUUGAGGCUGGACGUCGUGCCGGUAUGCAGGUGAUUUGGUGCCCGCACCCCGGUCUUUUGGAGGCCUAUGAGGGUCGUGUAGAAGAGGUGCUCGCUGGCCGAACUGGACAGCACAAGGAAGAGGACAAGACGGAGGCUGAGAAGGAGGCUGAGGAGUUGCAGGCUUGGCGUAUUCAGGGUGCGGGUGAGCCUGGGGAGAUUGGUGAUGGAUGGGGACAGCUUCUCAACACCCUGGAAGAUUUCCCUUACGAGCGGUUUGGAAUUCGGAUUCCUUAGAGUCUGGUAGAUACAGUGUGAAAAGGCACAAGCUUACGUAUAUAGAUUAACAGAAAGCUCCGAAGACGGACGCAAAUGGUUCAAAACUAGUAUUUGUAAAUGCCCAUCGCGGUUUUUCCUACUAUCCAUCCAAGUCAAAAGACAAAUAAGAAUCGAAGCCACGGUGGUCUCGAAAAUAACAUAAGCAAGGCUUAACAGUACGAUCUUUUUGUUAUUGCCGUCGCUUAUUACACCAGUCAAGUGAGCGUUUGUUACCUUCUCAGUCAGUCUUUUUAUUGGAGAAUUGCGGCCUGAUCGAAGUCCGACCCCCUCAGACUAUAGUACUGCCACCUCAGGAGUCGGGACUCGGGCCAAGACAGCAGGGAUGAGUAUCCAAGACGGUUUGAAAGAGCGUCUCUAUGUUUCCCGACAUGGAAGGCAAAAAACGGCCGGCACUGUAAUUCCGCUCUUGUUUUGCGAGCUUCGCCGAGGAAGCUUAUUUCACAUUGGCAAUUAGGUCUUCGCAAUGCCUGUCUGCACUGGAAGAUCUGGAUCAGACACAAUUCUUCAUGGUUCCUUAAAGAAAGGAUUGCCUGGUGAUUCACUGACCUCCAAUAGCUCUUGUACUGAUACGGACCCUCGUACUUUCGCACAGCGUUGCGGUGGUGGUUACGACUUGUCGUACAGGACCCGAAGUAAACUGCAGCUUCUUUUCUCCCCUCGCCUGGGAAUUGGCCAUUUGGUCUUCUGGUUUGCAGCAGAGUAGUGAAUAUUUCCACUCUCUCUUUGGGAAGGUUGCAGCGAUUAAAACUGUAUCCCCUUCAAUCCUCUAGUUUCGAUCCUUCGUCUGCAUUUUCAUCCUGUUCACUAGAUCCCAGGAACGGCAUCGACCACACCUUCAAGCUGUUAUCAGCCUGGCUGAUGCCCGAGUCUGACUCGGCUUCGUCAAACGAAUCAUCCGUGGCUCGGUGCCUCUGACCAGAGCAAGUUGCGACAACGUUGCCCAUAGGGUG